GUGAACGUCUCCGGUCGAUUGCAGUCGUUGCGAGUAAAGUGCGAGUGUUGUUGUUUCAGUUUCAGUGUCUCGCGAAGCUCGCUGGGGCGCGGACGGGCGAGUGAGUGGCGCAUGAUGAUGUGAAUUGCAGACAUGUGUGCCUCCGUAUACUCCUCCCUGCUCCUUUUCACCCUUACCACCAUCUCCAUGAUUUUCGGUACGAGGAUGGCAACCGAGGGCCUGCCGCUGAUGCGUCAGGAGCGCGGUGCCGACGACAGAGGCCUUUUGACAGGAGCCGACUUCCUCUCAGUCUUCAUGAGUUCAUCUCUUCACCAAGACUACCUUGAAACCACCACAAGCACAACCCCCGAACCGACAACUUGGCAAUCAAACACCAUCGACAGUUCUUACACUCGCGCAACUCGAAGCACCUCACUUUUGACAUCGCCUCCUCUUGCUCAAUCCACAGAAGAAUCUAGUUUUUACGAUACGACACUAAGUGCUCAAUUACGUAAACUCGAACCGUCCAGUGACUCUAGUGGUGUAGUCGUUGCUGUGAGUGUGUCUUCGUCGGUAGGUAGGACACUAAUCAAUAAAGAAGCAACUGAAGAAACAACAACAACAGUUGAACCAGACCAAAAUUUCGUUGCUUCAGAGGAACAUCCUAGUAUAGUAGCAGAAGCGAACAAAAGCGAAUUUAGCGUUGAAGAAAGCGAACCCAUUACUACCAACAGCGAGACGAGGGAUUUUGUCCAAGGAUAUCCUGCAAGUGUGCAACCUUUACCAAACCCCCAUUUAAGGCAAAACUGGGAGAAAAACAAGUUGCACCCAAUUCAUCAGACUGUCAUCUACCACAACAAUCCAAGAGACCCAAAUCGGGCCAGAUCGGUGUCCUACAGCACAGUCAUCCAAUCAGUGCCUCACCCUCAAGCUGACAAAGAUUGGGAAAAUGACAAACAUGAACGCCACGAACGCCAUUUUGAAUCCUCCUUUGGCAACAAUUUCCACAACGAGGGCGAAAAAGUGAAAUUUAACGACACCAAUGGUUUCACAACUGAACGCAAUUGGGAAAUUCAGGAAAAACCCUACACCCCACCACGUCUACCAACCGUCUACGGCAAGCCUGAGCAAAAUUACGAAGUUGACGAAUCUGCCAGUGUCAUGACAAACGGCCGCAUCCACGGCAUUCAACCAAGUCCGACUCUUCCCUCGAAAGAAGAAGUCAAAGAAAGCAAGAAAACUGACGAUAAUCAGAAAGUCGGUUAUGUGGUCGAAGGCCGGAAUUACAGGAAAUACAGAGUGGAAGAACGAACUUCUGAUGGUUUUAUCGUCGGGGAGUAUGGGGUUGUCAGCCAUGAUGAUGGGUCUUUACGUGGGGUUCGGUACACGGCUGAUGGUACUAUCAGUCCACGGUUAAUUUAUGACGCGCUGAUGAAAUUUUUGUCGUUGUGAUCAAAACUCUUGCCUUCGUACUGAUUUAAUCUAGUUCCUCCCAAUAAACUCGGUCUUAUUUCAUAGUUAAACGAGACUUGAGUGAAGUGAACUGUAUUUUUAGCAAGGAAUUGACAUAAACGUGCUAAUUAUUACAAAGUUGUCAAGCUUUUUAAUAAUCGACUAUUUGCUCAUAACUAUUUAAUAAUUAGUUUAUUGACGACAUGUUUUUAUAUUUAACUAUAACGAAAUUUGUAAAUUAGGUAAUAAAAUCUUUGCGAAAAGUG